GAUACACUCCCAUUUGCCUUUAAAACACUGUCCAGCUGAGGAAAUUCUUAUAUGAAGAAACUCUGAGAGGCAGGUGCAAUAUUUUAAAUAAAUGAGCCAUAACUUAGUGUAAACAAAGAAAGGAAGAAACUUCGAGAACAGAGUGUUCUGAUAGUCAACAUAUUGUGGUGGCAGAACCUUUAAAGCAGAAAGUACAGUUCUGUUGACACUGAAGACGCCUCGGGGUGUGUAUAGUGAAAAUUGCUGACAGCUCAAAUGGAUCGCAUGGAGCUGCACAAAAUCAACAUAGAACUUGAUGAGGAGAGCAGCAGUGGAGAAAGCACUGAAGACAACUACACUGAGAUGGGGGAUCCAGAAAAGGCCACUAUUAGCAGUCAGUUUGUUGGUGAUGAAUCAGAAAGUCAGAAGUUCCUUACCAAUGGAUUUCUUGGUAAAAAGAAAUUGGAAGACUAUAAGGAUGAAUAUCACCCAGGAGAUACUUCAUUUGGAAUGUCUGCAUUUAACCUGAGUAAUGCCAUCAUGGGCAGUGGUAUCUUAGGACUUUCCUAUGCCAUGGCAAAUACUGGAAUCAUACUUUUUAUAGUUUUACUGUUCAGUGUGGCCAUAAUGUCUCUGUAUUCAGUUCACCUGUUACUGAAGACAGCUAAGGAAGGAGGCUCACUAAUAUAUGAAAAAUUAGGUGAAAAGGCAUUUGGAUGGCCUGGAAAACUUUGCGCUUUUGUUUCUCUUACAAUGCAGAACAUUGGAGCAAUGUCAAGUUACCUCUUUAUUAUUAAAUAUGAACUCCCGGAAGUAAUCAGAUCAUUUCUGGGGCUUCAAGAAAAUUCUGGGGAAUGGUAUCUAAAUGGCAACUACCUCGUGAUAUUUGUGAGCAUUGCAGUUAUUCUACCACUUUCACUUCUAAAAAAUUUAGGGUACCUUGGUUAUACGAGUGGAUUUUCACUCACUUGCAUGGUGUUCUUUUUGAGUGUGGUAAUCUACAAGAAGUUUCAAAUACCUUGUCCUCUUCCUGUCUUGGACAAUGAUCUUGGCAACUGGUCCUACAAUAACACCACAAUUCCGAUACACAUAAUGAUGUUACCAAAUGAUUCCGCUAAUUCAGGAGUCAAUUUUAUGAUGGAAAGCACCCAUUUGCAUUAUUCAAGUUUUGAAGAAACCAAAGAUCAGCAUCAAAGUGGAGUUCAAUAUGAAGCUCACAGUGAGGACAGUGACAAGUGUCAAGCCAAGUAUUUUGUGUUUAACUCACGGACUGCCUACACAAUACCAAUCCUGGCAUUUGCAUUUGUGUGCCACCCUGAAGUUCUACCCAUAUACAGUGAACUGAAAAACCGAUCACGGAAACGGAUGCAAAAUGUUUCCAAUGUCUCCAUCACUGGGAUGCUUGUCAUGUAUCUACUAGCUGCUCUGUUUGGCUAUCUUACCUUUUAUGGGGAAGUUGAAGAUGAGCUACUUCAUACAUAUACCAGAGUGUACACUUUUGACACUCUGCUCUUGAUGGUGCGCUUUGCAGUGCUUGUGGCUGUGACACUGACUGUGCCGAUAGUCCUGUUCCCUAUUCGAACAUCAGUUUCUACACUUUUGUUCUCAAAAAGGCCUUUCAGUUGGAUAAGACAUUUUCUGAUUGCUGCAGUAAUCCUCGCACUUAACAACCUCUUAGUAAUUUUUGUGCCUACUAUUAAAGACAUCUUUGGAUUCAUAGGUGCUUCUGCUGCCACAAUGCUGAUUUUUAUUCUUCCUGCUGCCUUCUACCUUCGUAUUGUCAAAAAAGAACCUUUGAGGUCACCUCAGAAGAUUGGAGCUUUGAUGUUCCUUAUUGUUGGCAUCAUCUUUAUGAUUGGGAGCAUGACCCUCAUUAUGCUGGACUGGGUGUACAACUCUCCCAGUUCCAAACCCCAUUAAACUGGAGAAGAGAAAGGGGCCUGUAUUUUCCUACUCAAAAUGGUCAACUGCCAUCAUUUCUACACACAGAGGAAAAGACUUUUGACCACAUAGAUGGGGACAGUACUUCUAGUCAAUAACUAGAAGAUUCCAAAGACUUUACUAGUAAUGCUACUAGGAACCUAUGGAAUAUUAAAGCACCCUUUUAUAAGGGUGAAUUAUUUAUGUAUCAAAACCUGUGCCGUGCUUUUCUGGCCCAGGCGAAAAUGACAAAAAUGUGUGCUGGAGGAUGCACAGAGUUCAUAGUGUACAUAGUACUCACAACUGUUACUGUUAUUGAUAACCAGCAUUUCUAGAAUACUGGAAGGCAAUGCAGAAGUAUGAGAGUUAACUUAGUGACUCUUAAAACUAAGACAGCAAAGCUGGAAUGUUUAUAAGUUAUUCAAAAGCUGAGAUUAUCAAACUCUCAAGAGUAACUGCCAAACUUAAGAGAGUAUAUAUGUAUGUAUAGUGUAUAUACAUGGACACAGAAGAGCAAACAAAAUAAAAAUUGUUGUUUAAAAUAGUUGUCCAUGAAGUCAGCAAGUACAAUCAAGUCAGGCUUUGCUCAUAAGCUGCACAUGCCAACUUUGGUAAGCAUUUUACUCAUUAAGCAAUAAGUUAUAUUAAUCAAAGUAUCACCACAGGAAUGCUCAGCAUUAGAGUUGCGCUGAUAAAUUCUUUAGUGAUACCUCCUUAUACCUCCUUUCAAACAUAUGUUUUUGUCUCUUACAAAACUGGCCACCGUUGAUUUCUGCAGAACUUAUGAGCCUUCUAUAGCCGGAAGAAUUAUCAAAAAAUGUGGCCAUAUCCCUAACAUGAUGGUUCUCAUUAGAAGCACCACAUUUAAGAGAUAGAAGAUGACUCUGGGGCCAGGCAUUCAGUAAUGCUGGUUUGGUAGUUAUCAAAAUGCACUUUUUAUCCUAUCUGUAGCAUUCAAAGCCACAUUAGUGCACUUGGUGGUAAAGCUGCAGUACUGCAGUCGGAGCCCUCUGCUCAUGACCUGAGUUCGAUCCCGGCGGAAGCUGAGUUCAGGUAGCCAGCUCAAGGUUGACUCAGCCUUCCUUCCUUCCGAGGUCAGUAAAAUGACUACCCAGCUUGCUGGGGGGAAAGUGUAGAUGACUGGGGAAGGCAAUGGCAAACCACCCCGUAAAAAGUCUGCCAUGAAAACAUCAUGAUGCGACAUCACCCCAGAGUCGGAAACGAUUGGUGCUUGCACAGGGGACUACCUUUACCAUUUUUUAUUGCUCUCAAGUGCUGCCUGAUCACCACUCUAGUUGUAAAAUUUAUAAGCAUUUAUAAGGGGGGGUGAUCAUGCUGAGAGCCUCUAUGAUUUGUUAAGCACUUCUAACCAUGAUGGCCUGGCUGAAUAGGACUCGCCUUGUCACAAAAAGACUAUUUCCGGUGAGUAUCAUCAUGUCAUGUCUAUGCCAGCCUAACCUGUUUUGAUUUAAAAUAUUGAACAAGCACUAUCUAAGCCUGCAAUGCGUCUUCCAUUAUGACUCAAAUAGAUGUAAGGAGAACAUAGGGAAUGUGAAAGCACCCUAACCAGUAUUGUCCAAUGCAUUUUAUUUCAUAAAUGUUCAGUGCGGGAAACUGUAAUCAUUGCUUUAUAUGUACUAUAUAAAUAUUUAUGUAUAUAAUCUUUUCUCUAUCAGAAUUUUCAUAUAUGAUACAAUGUUUUUGAUUUUUAUAUCUCUAUUUGUGUAGUUGUUGUUUGUUUUCAUAGACAUAAACUUUAUACCCAUUUUGAAGUGGGGAGGAGUUACUUUGAUAGAGUCCUAAAAGCUUGACUAUACAUGUCAGUGCUUGAAAUUUGUUAUCUGACUAUACCAAGACAGUCCAGUAUUACAAAAAAAUUGGUUACAAUAAACUUCAAGAAUUCAGGGUUA